GAGAAAUUUCAGGCAUCAAAAUGAGGGGGGAAAACAGUACGUUUCAGAAAAAUUGACUAGAUAGAGAGAGUGCUGCAACGUUCCACAGGCGAAUUGCCAUGGCGGGAACGCUUCAAACCCUAAUCCUCUCCCCUGCAACCUCCAGGACGGUCCGGCUUUGUCCCCGGAACGUCCGAUUCUCCUCGCACGGCGGUCGUCUCUCCGUUCGCCCCGUCAAGAUUGGUCCAAAUCGCUCGGCUUCGCGGCCCAUUAGAGCCUGCGAGGCAUCAUCGGGUCAGGUAAGUGGAAAUGAUCAUGCUCCCGAAAUUCCUGGGAAGGUAAAGGCGGGAAACCCAUUCUCGAAGUUCGUUGCGGAUAAUUUUCUUCCUUUAGCUCUUAUAGGUGGAGUUGCCCUAGGACUUGCAAAUCCUAGUCUGGGUUGUCUUGCAGAUAGAUACUAUUUAUCGAAAUUUAGUACCUUUGGGAUCUUUAUUAUAUCAGGAUUGACAUUGCGGAGUGGAGAAAUUGGUGCGGCUGCAGAGGCAUGGCCUGUCGGAAUGUUUGGGCUUGGAUCAAUUCUAUUGUUCAGUCCAUAUUUUUCAAAGCUAAUUUUGCAAAUUCAGCUUCAGCCUCAAGAAUUUGUUACAGGACUGGCCAUAUUUAGCUGUAUGCCUACUACAUUAUCAAGUGGAGUGGCUCUUACUCAGCUUUCUGGAGGGAAUUCUGCUCUCGCUCUUGCAAUGACAGUGAUAUCAAAUCUGUUGGGAAUUCUACUUGUGCCAUUUUCUAUCUCCAAGUUCAUUGCUGAUGGAGUUGGAGUCACUGUUCCGACUAAGCAAUUGUUCAAAAGUCUAGUUCUCACACUUCUUAUUCCAUUAAUCCUGGGGAAGAUUUUGCGAGAAUCUUUCAGAGGCUUGGCAGAUUUUGUUGAUAACAACCGGAAGCUUUUCUCAAAGAUCAGUGCGGUUUUUCUCAGUUUAGUCCCAUGGAUACAGGUGAGCAGGUCAAGGUCACUUUUGCUGUUGGUCCAACCAGCAAUGUUUCUUGUUGCGAUUGGGAUGGGAACGGUUCUUCAUCUCAUCCUAUUAGCAUUUAAUGCUUUUGCUAUACAAUGUCUCUCAACUGUCACUGGUGGUGGUCAAUCUGUUUUUGCAAAGAAAGAAAAUGCAAAUGCUGCUCUUCUCGUGGCAAGCCAGAAAACUCUACCAGUAAUGGUGGCUGUCGUUGAGCAGCUCGGUGGUGCAUUUGGUGAAUCUGGUCUGCUGGUUCUUCCUUGUGUUGCGGCACAUUUAAUUCAGAUUAUAAUGGACUCCUUCCUCGUAAAUUUCUGGCUGCGAAAGGAUGCUGCUUCCAACAGUGUGAAGGUAGCUUGAUGCUUAAGCAUGUGCUCUUACCAGAUUCAUUCUGUAUGUUGUAUAUUAAUCUGCUUUUUGCAGAUGUGAGUGUUGAUUACUGCAUUGGAAAUAAAAUUUUUCAAUUGAUAGGGCA